AUGGGAUGGGCGCAGCGCUGCGGGCACACAGCAGUGGCACUGCUCGGGGAGGCCACAACACGUGUGGGGGACCUGCCAGGGAACGCAAAUAGACGGUCCACGUGCUCUCUCACUCUCACCCCUUUCCACCCCUCUACAGAGUCACUGCACCUGGGCAACCUUCUGAGCAUCAUCGCCCUGGCAUGGGCGCAGCGCUGCGCUGCUGGGGGGGGCUACGGCUUGGGUCGGGUGGGAAUUCUUUCUCGUCAAAGGGAACUCCAUGUCUCAAACUGCAACCGCCCCUUCUUUCUUCCCUCUACAGAGUCACUCCAUCUCGGGAACCUCCUCGGAAUUAUCGCCCUGGCAUGGGCGCAGCGCUGCGGGCACACAGCAGUGGCGCUGCUGGGGGGGACUACGGCGCGGGUGGGGGAUGUUUUCCUGUUGGAAGGGGACCAACGUUUCAAUUCGCAACCACCUCCUAUCCCCCCCCGGUCCACUUGCUACAGAGUCUCUGCACCUCGGCAAUCUCCUGGGAAUUAUCGCCCUGGCAUGGGCGCAGCGCUGCGGGCACACAGCAGUGGCGCUGCUGGGGGGGACUACGGCGCGGAGUCCUUGCAUCUGGGCAAUCUCCUGGGAAUCAUCGCCCUGGCAUGGGCGCAGCGCUGCGGGCACACAGCGGUGGCGCUGCUGGGGGGGGCUACAGCUCGAGUGGGGGACCCGUCGGGGAAGAGUGUGGAGCGGCCAGUGAUGGAUGAGGAGACAAUCGCGAGGAACAGCAGUGGGAUCUACAAGGUCCUUCAAGACAUCCUGUCACGACCGGAAAACCAAGGGAGCGUUCCGGGUGGAAAGCUCGAGCUAGUGAACAACUACGACUGGUGGAAGGGCGUUUCGCUGCUGGAGUUCCUGAGGGACGUGGGCAAGCACGCUCGGGUGGGAGCGAUGAUGGGCAAGGAGAGCGUGAAGAAGAGAUUGGCAUCAGAGGAGGGGAUCAGCUACACGGAGUUUACUUACCAGCUGCUGCAGGGCUACGACUUUGUGCAUUUGUACAAGGAGAAGGGAAUAACGGUUCAGAUGGGCGGCAGCGACCAGUGGGGCAACAUCACUGCCGGUACCGACCUGCUCCGACGGCUGCAGGCAGCAGGGGUUGUCCCCUCUAGGGCGCCCACAGGGGAGGAUGAGCAGCAACAGGAGCAGAAGCAGAAGGAGCAGGAGCAGGAGGAGCAGGGGGAGCGGGGGGAGCAGGGGGAGAGGGGUCCAAGUGUGUUUGGGCUAACAUGGCCGCUGCUGCUGCGCAGCGACGGCAGCAAGUUUGGCAAGUCGGAGGGAGGGGCCAUUUGGCUGUCUGCUGCCAUGCUCUCGCCCUACAAGUUCUACCAGUACCUCUUUGCCACACCUGAUGCUGACGUCGUCAAGUUCCUCCGCAUGCUCACGUUCCUGCCCGUGGCCGAGAUCGACCAAUGGGAGGCCGCCAUGUGCCAGCCGGGCUACGAGCCAAACGCUGCCCAGAAGCUACUGGCGCAGGAGGUGACUCGAUUUGUGCAUGGGGAGGACGGCCUACAAGAAGCACUGAGAGCUACACAAGCCCUUGCACCAGGUUCCACCUCCACCAGACUAGACCCGGCCACGCUCGAAGCCAUUGCUGCAGAUGCGCCCUCCACCUCGCUCCCGUGGGCCGACGUGAUUGGCCGAACAGUCGCUGACGUGGCGGCGGCGUCGAAGCUGGUGGUCCCCUUCCUCCCAUCCCUGUCAACUCUCUCGCUCGCAGGAUACGCUCUGGAGAAGAUUUUCAGUGCGUCGCCAGCCAUGGUGGUGGAGGAGGACUACAGCUGCACCCCGGGGGAAUCCUCUUUAAUCGUUUGCAACGCCAGGGGCGCUGUGUCUCAGCUGUCGCUCUACUCCAUGUCUGAGCUGCCUUCCGAGAUUCUCCGACUCUCACGCCUGGAGUCACUGAGAAUGAGCAAUAAUGGCGGUGGUGGUGGCUUGUCCAGCCUGCCGUCUGUCAUCGGCUCGCUUGCUUCCCUCACCCACCUGCACAUCGAUUCAGCAGUCAGUAGUAGUGGAGGCAUCCCGACCGCCUUCAGCCGACUCAAGAAGCUGCGUCACUUAAAUCUGAUCAGCAACAAUCUGGAGGGCUCAAUUCCCCAGUUUUUAUCCGCACUCACUGCUCUCACAUACCUGUAUGCUCUCACAUACCUGUAUGCUCUCACAUACCUGUAUGCUCUCACAUACCUGUAUGCUCUCACAUACCUGUAUGCUCUCACAUACCUGUAUGCUCUCACAUACCUGUAUGCUCUCACAUACCUGUAUGCUCUCACAUACCUGUAUGCUCUCACAUACCUGUAUGCUCUCACAUACCUGUAUGCUCUCACAUACCUGUAUGCUCUCACAUACCUGUAUGCUCUCACAUACCUGUAUGCUCUCACAUACCUGUAUGCUCUCACAUACCUGUAUGCUCUCACAUACCUGUAUGCUCUCACAUACCUGUAUGCUCUCACAUACCUGUAUGCUCUCACAUACCUGUAUGCUCUCACAUACCUGUAUGCUCUCACAUACCUGUAUGCUCUCACAUACCUGUAUGCUCUCACAUACCUGUAUGCUCUCACAUACCUGUAUGCUCUCACAUACCUGUAUGCUCUCACAUACCUGUAUGCUCUCACAUACCUGUAUGCUCUCACAUACCUGUAUGCUCUCACAUACCUGUAUGCUCUCACAUACCUGUAUGCUCUCACAUACCUGUAUGCUCUCACAUACCUGUAUGCUCUCACAUACCUGUAUGCUCUCACAUACCUGUAUGCUCUCACAUACCUGUAUGCUCUCACAUACCUGUAUGCUCUCACAUACCUGUAUGCUCUCACAUACCUGUAUGCUCUCACAUACCUGUAUGCUCUCACAUACCUGUAUGCUCUCACAUACCUGUAUGCUCUCACAUACCUGUAUGCUCUCACAUACCUGUAUGCUCUCACAUACCUGUAUGCUCUCACAUACCUGUAUGCUCUCACAUACCUGUAUGCUCUCACAUACCUGUAUGCUCUCACAUACCUGUAUGCUCUCACAUACCUGUAUGCUCUCACAUACCUGUAUGCUCUCACAUACCUGUAUGCUCUCACAUACCUGUAUGCUCUCACAUACCUGUAUGCUCUCACAUACCUGUAUGCUCUCACAUACCUGUAUGCUCUCACAUACCUGUAUGCUCUCACAUACCUGUAUGCUCUCACAUACCUGUAUGCUCUCACAUACCUGUAUGCUCUCACAUACCUGUAUGCUCUCACAUACCUGUAUGCUCUCACAUACCUGUAUGCUCUCACAUACCUGUAUGCUCUCACAUACCUGUAUGCUCUCACAUACCUGUAUGCUCUCACAUACCUGUAUGCUCUCACAUACCUGUAUGCUCUCACAUACCUGUAUGCUCUCACAUACCUGUAUGCUCUCACAUACCUGUAUGCUCUCACAUACCUGUAUGCUCUCACAUACCUGUAUGCUCUCACAUACCUGUAUGCUCUCACAUACCUGUAUGCUCUCACAUACCUGUAUGCUCUCACAUACCUGUAUGCUCUCACAUACCUGUAUGCUCUCACAUACCUGUAUGCUCUCACAUACCUGUAUGCUCUCACAUACCUGUAUGCUCUCACAUACCUGUAUGCUCUCACAUACCUCCGAUCUCCCUUCCACUCCUCUGUGCUGCUGCUCUGCUCUUCCUCCCUCCCUCACAGUUCUCUCUCUGUCAACCAGCUCAACUCCUCCAUCCCUGCAAAGCUCAAAUCCCUCCAGAAGCUAGCAUGGAUGUGA